GGGAGGGACUACCAAACCUUACACUCAAACAAAGAAAAAGUCAUAACAACGGAUGUUUUCAUUAUUGUCAAAUCAACAAGUGGGUUGAAAAAAAAACCUGUCGGUUAUUUUACGGAGCGUCCUAAAUGUUGCCUGCGAUGCUCCGUCGGGUGGUUUCAAUUUGCCAUUUAAAAGGAAAGAAGAAGUAGCGAAAGAAGUAGGUGGUGGAGAAUUUCAUCUCCAACAGUGGUGAGACGCACAAGGACCAGAUUUGAUCACCGAAACAGGCUUUUAUUGCAGGCACAGCCGUCGGAAGCUUGACCCCCGGAAUGCAGGGAAGAGGCAGCGGCUUGCAAACAAAAAUACUUUUAAUGUGCUCGAGCAGGUGCAGGUACUCACAGUUGUAAAGGUGCAAACAAAAAGCGACAGAGGGAAACGCUCUGUGGGUGAAAUAAGAUGAAGCAAGUACAACAGGUGAGUCGCAUCUCGUCCGGUGCAAAGACGAGGAGCAAUGGCAAUCAACCAAACGUACCAAAGCUCUGUCCUUUUAACCGCCACUGAUGAUAAUCUUCUGCAGCUGCGUGGCCACCAGGCGCGACGCGGCUACCACUUCCUCCCCGGAGAAAGGGCAACACAUUUAUAGUAAUACACAAGCACAAAUCUUAUUUAUGUCUUAAAUGGCUUAUUUACUCUUAUUCUGUCUACUAUAUUGGGUAAUAUGAGUGUAAAGGUGACUAUAGGGGUGUUAUUUCAUGUCUAGAGGGCUCUAAUAAUGUUUAAAACUAUGUUUAGAAGGUGGUAAACAGGUUUUCUAUGCUCUAACUAUGAAAAUAUUCUAUUUAUAAGUAAGGAAUUCUACUUGGUGGCUGCAUGUUGGCCACACAGUCAGGAGAUCGGGAAGGGUUUGAAUCUCCACCUGGGCCCCUCUGUGUGGAGUUUGCAUGUUCUCCCGUGUAUGCGUGGAUUUUCUCCGGGUUUCCCUCCCACAUUCCACAAACAUGCAUGUUUGGUGAAUUGGCGACUCUGAAUUGUCCAUAGGCAUGAAUGUGAGGUUGAUCGAUUGUUCGCCUAUACAGCAUGUGCCCUGCGAUUGGCUGGCGACCAGUCCGGGGUGUACCCUGCGUCUCGCCCAAAGUCAGCUAGGAUAGGCUCCAGCAUACCCCCGUGAGCAUAGAAAACGGAUGGAUGGAAUCCUACUUGGCGGAAAUUCACUUAUCACAGUUGGACGUAGAACCAAUUAAUCGCAAUAAACGAGGGAUUACUGAACUCCAUUUGAGAAGCACUAGAUUGGCUCAGAUUUGCAUUUUAUUGUUCUGACAGGAAAUUGGGGAAGUCAAACUUUCCAAAAUGUCUAAAUGAGGAUGUUGCCAAAUGAUGUGUAAACAUACAAGAGACAAAAGUAUUGGGACGGCCAAAACGGCUUGCUCUCUCCUGGGAAGACUUUCUACAAGAUUUGGAGUGUGUCCAUUUGUGAGGUCAGAGGUCACUGAUGUUGGACCUGAAGCUCUUCCACGCCAAGCUCCCGGUACCCGAAUACCAGAGUCAUUGUUGCAGUGCAGCACGUAACGCCAACAUGGCCGUCUCACAAAAAGAUGAAGUGUAAGAUAAACAUUUGCAUCUGUCAUCCAGAGUGUUCGCUAACGUUCUGUUCACACCUCCCAUAUAAAAGCUGAAAAGCAGAAGCUGCUGUCAGUGUCAGCAUUGACUCCCCACAAGGAGAAGACACUUCUGCUUAUUCAGCUGCUGUCCUUCUUCUUCUCUGUCUUCUUCUUGUAUCCUCCAGUCACACGACAGUCGACACAAACUGCAGUGAUGGCGGAGACGGACGUCAACUACGCCUCAGUUGUCUUCAGGAAUGACAAACAUCCACCAUCCAGAGCCCAGAAGGCAGAAGAAACGCUGUACGAUGAGGUUAAAGUUGAAAACGGUCAUCAAGGUGACGGAAUGGCAAGUCAAACAUCAUCAUAUGAUGCUUUUACAAAAGGGAAGCAGUCCACCAGCGACCAGGGCGGGGAGGACAGUUUGAAAGCUGCAGACGACUCAGUGGGGCUGGUACCGCAGGUCAAGGAAGCCCAGAGUCAUCGGCACUGUCAGCUGCUGGUUUGUUGUACGGUGCUACUGUGCGUCACGCUGAUGCUAGCCAUCAUGGCCUUCUACUUCUACCAGAGCAACGUCGCAUACAUGCUGGCAGAAAAGCAGAACUAUACGUCAGAAGUCUACAAUCUGUUGCUUGAAAUCGAGCAGCUCAACAUGAAGGCAAAGCAGCUGGAGACAGACAAGAACACCUUGAUACAAGAGGUAAAUACCAUGAAGGCCGAGUGGAACAAGUUCAACAUCAGUAGGGCUCAGUGGGCCAUCGACACCUUCUGUCCAGAAGAAAAUGGCGAAAGACGGUGUCGCGCUUGUGAACAUGGUUGGGUAUAUUUUCAGUCCAGCUGCUAUCUCAUCAACAACGCAGAAAGAGCAAAUCGGAGAACUUGGGAAGAUGCCCGUCAGAGCUGCUACGAUGAGAGUUCUGACCUGGCUGUUGUAGAAAACCAGGCGCACAUGAAAUUCAUCAGCGAUAACAGUUGGAGUAGUGGGGGUACUCUGGGCUACUGGGUCGGCCUGAGAGUGGAGGACGGUCAAUGGAAGUGGGCCAACGGCAGUGAAGCCACUAAAGAAUGGAAACCAAAAGACGAAGACUCUAGAAAUGCUUGCGCGAUUUCUGUGAGGUCUGAAGGAUUGAAGGCUGUAAGAUGCUCGACAACACAACGAUGGAUCUGCAAGAAGACGGCCUUAUCGCUUUAGAUGCUGCAGCCACACUUGUGAUGCUUACUUAUAUAAUAUAAAAAUUAAAUACAACAUCCAACUCACCUGUGACCCCAAUGAGGACAAGCAGAGAAGGAAAAUGUAAACCACACAAUGCACACUUUUGGACCACAGGGGGCACUAUUGUUCUUCAUUCACUUUCAUUUACUAUAUACGAUUAAAGUGCAGCCA